GGCUCCUGUGGGCAGAGUUACAUGAUUGAUCAAGUUGUUGUGGUUAUGCUGUUCAAUGAACCUUUGUGCAAAGUCAUAGACGCUUGGCAUCCUUGUCAGAGUAAAAAUUUACCUAGUAUGUUUUAAGUUUUGACAAUCUAUUCUUUUACGUCUGCUCUCCAAUAAGUAACUGGAAUUUUUCUUUUUAAUUCCACACUUCAAUUGGGUGGAUAGCUCAGUAUGUUUUGCUAUCACUGAUCUGCUAGAUAGGGAUUUAUUAAUUUUGUAGAAUAGCCUCAUACAGUGUAUGCCCUCUAUGCAACUGGGGCCUGUUCUAUAAGACUAUGACACUCAGCUCUAUUGAAAUGUUGUAACGUAAUUUCACUGUGACAUUGGAUCACAAUGUCCUCCAUUGACCCAUAGGACUUGCAACAAAGUGGGAUACAACCAAAACAUCCUACAAUUAAUCUUAAAAAGUGUGGCCAAAUCAGCUACUAGAAGCCAAGGUUUGACCUUUUUUGAAAUAGUAAUAGAGAUCAGUUACUAAUGACACUUCUCUCUUGUUUUGAGAGACACUCUCAGCUAAUGCACAGGAAUGCUUGACUGUAAAACUGAUAUGAUAUCAUUUACAAUUUUCCCACUGACCAAAAGAUGAUAAAAAGGCAUUUAACUGUCGCAAUGUACUAACAAAUUCUUUCCCUCAAACAGGUGAUGCUGAUUGACUCUGAUGCUCUGCUUGACACAUUGGAAAAUUACCUCAGAAAACAUGGGUAAAUGUACAUAGAUGAUCUUUCUAACAUCUGUUGAUUUUUUCUACUGAGUUCCUUAAUGUCCAAGUGCCCUGAACCCUUUCACUCCAAGAUGAAAAGAUCAAUUCUCUGCUUUGUACUUCAUACCUUUAUCACAAGUUUGGCUUUGAUAAUUUUUUGUCAAUUAAAACAAUAUACCCAAGUUUAUGUCCUCCUUUCUUUCUCAUCACCUUUUUAUUUGAAUUUGUGUUAAUAUUGUAGGGAGAAAUUUCUUUUUGGUCACACUAGGGAGUACAUGUACAUGUGCAUGUUUUAUUUUACCAUGUAACUCCUAUAACUGACAUAUUAUAUGUGUAUAGUAUGGUAAUGCUGUUCUGCUUUCAACCAGGAGACACAUGUGCACUGUUCAGACAAAAGCUGUUCACUUGAAGUUCAUCAUGAUUACUUAGCUCAGUGUAACUUAUUUGUUGUUGUUGUUGUUGUAAAUUUUGUACUGAAUGUAAAUCAAAAGUUUUGAGGGCAUACAGUAUUCUGGUAGGAGAUUUGGAUGGGCCAAGUGAAAAGGGGUAGGUAUGAAGUGAUGUAAAGGCAACAAUGUACCUGGUGAGGGUGCUUAAUUUCCUUAGCUGUGAGCUCAGUUUGAUUUUAGACCUGUUUUGUUAGAAGUUUGGAUGGUUUUUUGGCCUUGCUAAGGGAUUUUCUCCAGGAUUCUCAGGUUUCCUUUCUUGACAAACCUGUGGUGCAGGUGUCUUAAUAGGGGUCAAUAUUACAAGCUUGUGAUCGUUUAUUCCACUGCUCGUGUUUGGUUUACAUGUAGCACUACAAUGGACAGAAGGGGGGCCUCUCCUUUCUUUUGACUGUUGCUCACCCCCUUGGCACAAUUUUUUUUCUCUCCCCAGCCUUUCCACUGCUGUAAAAGUCAAAGACAGCAGCUUAAUUUUCAUGAAGAAAAUACAGAGUACUCACUUGCCAAAACUACACCUGCUCUGCAGGCUAUUGAAAACCUGAUAAGCAGAUUUAUCUGUUCUGUCCUUUUUCGAACUGUCUCAUAGAUUAACAAGCAAUGUUUCUUUCCUGACUCAUUUAGUUACUGUGCCACUUUGUAUGAUGGUCUUAAAAGCUGUCCUCAAGACCGGCAUGUCCAUGAACUGUGUGAUACAGACUACAUUGCGCAUUUAAUUGGACGGGCAGAACCAGAGCUGGCUGGAGGGUGUGCAAUACUUGUAUCCUGUUGUAGCUCAUGAUAGGGCUUUUCAAAGGCAUCAUUAUUUUUCAUGUGGUUCUGGCCACCUACUUUUUGCUUUUCAUUUAACUUGGUUUUAUGCAAGAAAUGAGGGUGAUUAGUAGAGAUGAAAAGCUUUUCACUCACGGGAGCUUUAAGGAGCUCUGUCAUGAUAGGUUGUUUCUUAUGGUGCGAUAUUGCUGUUGGGUGAAAGAGUGUAAGAGUGCUAUCCCAUCCCCCGUGUACCUUGGUGAGAAGAAGUAGUAAUUUAUCAUAAUCAAAAGCUAGGGAUGCUUAAAAAUGCCUGUAAGGCAUCAGUGGAGAAGCUCCGCCAACCCCUCUUUAUAGAGAGAACUUUGCUUAAAGCACUACUUCUUUUAGAUUCGUUCCUGAAUUUUUUCUUAACCCUUUACAUCCUAACAUCAGCGUGUAUAUUCUCCAUACUGUUCUUGAUACAUUUCCUAUGGCUCUGACAAGGAGAUUUAAGUUAAAACUCAAGAGCUGUUCAAGUUGAUGAGCAUUUACUCCAUUUUUCUUGAGCUUAAUGUUU